AUGGGACUCAAGGAAGUUUAUGCUUUCCUGGAGUCUGUAAUUGCAGUGCUUGCUACCUUGGGUAAUAUCCUAGUCAUCUGGGUAGUUAAGAAGAACUCAGCUAGUCUGACAACAACUUGCUACUUCAUUCUCUCACUAGCACUGGCAGAUAUUGCAGUUGGACUCGUGUUGCCAGUGGCCAUCAUGGUGGAUUUAAAAGUCCAACUCCCUUUCGAAGCCUGCCUCUUCAUGUGCUGCCUGCUGGUGGCUUGCACUCAAACCUCGAUCAUGUCACUCCUUGCUAUUGCUGUUGACAGAUACCUGAGAGUGAGGUUCCUUACCCGGUAUAGGAUAAUAACCAGUCAAAAAAGAAUUCUGGUGGCUCUGGGAAUAGUCUGGCUGUUGUCUGUGAUGAUGGGGUUUGCACCCAUCUUUGGAUGGACAGAAAAAAAAUCAAGCUACAAGAAUUGCACUUUCACCGGAAUUAUGAAAAUGGAGUACAUGGUUUAUUUCAGCUUUUUUGUUGGUACCCUUAUCCCAUUGAUCAUCAUGAUUGUUCUCUACGGAAGUGUCUUCUGCAUUAUCCAAACAAAGCUAAGACAAUGGUCCAAAGAUGUCAGAGGAACAAGAACAUUUUACAGAAGGGAGUUUAAGAUAGUCAAAUAUUUGACUUUGGUCCUUUUGUUAUUUGCUGUGAGUUGGCUUCCUCUGUGUAUCAUGAACUGCAUUCAAAAUUUCUGCCCUCGUAUUAAGAUCCCCCAGUAUAUGUGGUACAUCGGCAUCCUUCUCAGCCACUCAAAUUCAGUCAUGAAUCCAAUUGUCUAUGCUUUCAAGAUAAAGAAAUUUAGGGAAACAUGCUCUCAGAUUUUAAGAACGUACAUCUUCUGCAGAGAUCAAGAUUAUGCAGUUAACAGUACAUCAUAA